AUGGCCACAACAGCAGCAGCAGCAGCAGCAGCAGCAGCAGCAGCAGCAGCAGCAGCAGCAGCAGCAAGUCUACUUUCAAAAGCAGCACAGCAGCAGCAGCACAGCUGUAGCUUCAUCUUCUUCCAACUGGCAGCAGCAGCAAGAACAGCAGCAGCAAGAACAGCAGCAGCAAGAACAGCAGCAGCAAGAACAGCAGCAGCAAGAACAGCAACAACAGCAGCAACAAAGGCAGCAGCAGCCGCAGCAGCCGUAGAACAGGCAGCAGCAGCCCGACCAGGCGCAGCAUUGGUUUCAACAGAAGCAGCAGCAGCAGGAGCAGAAGCAGGAGCAGCACAAACAGCAGCAGCAGCAGGAGUAGGAGCGGAAGCUGCAGUAGAAGCAGUAGCAGCAGCAGCAGCAGCAAAAGCAGCAGCAGCAGCAGCAGCAGCGACGCACCCAUGCCCUUUAUGUUAUGACGAAACAUUUCUGCUUGCUGCUGCGCCUUCUGUCUCUCCGUGCUCAAGGCUCCAGCCUGUAGUAGCAGCAGAAACGGCAGCAGCAGCAACAGCAGCAGCAGCAGCAGAAGCAGUAGGGGUGGCAGCAGCAGCAGCAGCAGCACACCGCACCAAUUUUGCCGCCCACAGCUACAGGAAGCCUAAGAAGUGCAGCAACUGCAAAACCUUCCCCCGCAAGCGAGCAAUGGUGCGGCUCUGCAGCAGCAGCAGCAGCAGCAGCAGCAGCAGCAGCAGCAGCAGCAGCAGAAGCACAGGCGCUGCAGUGGUCACUGUUUAUCCACGCCAGCUGCAGCAGCAGAAGCAGCUGUUGCUGCUGCUGUUUAGCCUGCAGUGGCCCCGCAGCUGCAGCAGCAAGACUGAGACAGCAGCAGCAGCAGCAGCUGCUGCUGCUGCUGCGGCUGCUGCUUUCACAGCACCACAAGCAGCAGCACGAGAGUGUCUCGGACUUCAGCAGAACUUCCUUAAGUCUGCAGCAGCAGCAGCAGCAGCAGCAGCAGCGGAAGUAGCAGCAGCAGCAGCAGCAGCAGCAGCGGAAGUAGCAGCAGCAGCAGCACCAGCCGAAGUAGAAGCAGCAGCAGCAGCAGCACCAGCCGAAGUAGAAGCAGCUGCAGCAGCAGCAGCAGCAGCAGCCGAAGUAGAAGCAGCAGCAGCAGCAGCAGCACCAGCCGCAGUAGAAGCAGCGGCAGCAGCAGCAGCAGCGCCACCCGAAGUAGAAGCCGCACAAGCAGCAGAAGUAGCAGCAACGGCACAGGUAGCAGCAGCAGCAGCAAAAGGAGUAGCAGCAGCGGAACGACUAGCAGCAGCAGCAAAAACAAAGAAAGCAGCAAAAGCAGAAGAAGCGGCAGCAGCAGCAGCAGGAGUCGCAGCAGCAGCACAGAAGUACCAGCAGCAGAAGCAGCGGCACCAACAGCAGCAACAGAAGCUGCAGCAGCAGCAGCGUUAG